AUGUCGCGGCGCCAAAAUCGCGUCUCUCCCCUCGCCAUCGUCCUGCCCCAGCCCUCGCUCCCUCGUCGUCGUUCAUCUCUUCUUUCCACCGGCUCUGCUUCCUCUACACCCAGAACACCCCGUUCGUCGGCUUGCGGCUCACCGAAUUGUUCAUCCUGGUUCAUCAAAUCAAACAAUAGAAAGAGCUCAGAUAGCUGGAACAGCUCAAAUCAGGAUUUUGGAGACGAUGUAGAGACUGCUGAAUGGAAGCCUGAUCAUAUUUUAUUGCUGUCACGGACCCUAGAUGCUCUUCCUUCACAUCUAGUCACUCCUUUUAAUGGCCCUAUCCCUCCUUCUAAUCUCCUCGAUAAGAUUGCUCGAGGUGUCGCCCAAGCUAAGGGACCCAAUGAUUGGCCGUUUUCCCUUCGUGCAACCCGCGUAAAACUCAUUGAGAUCGCUCGUACACGCGCCAAAGAGGAAGCCAAGGUAUACACCGACGAGAACGAUGAUUAUUUCUUUCGUGGUGGGGAAUCCGAACUCCCUGCAGUUGGAAAGAAGCCUCGCCGUCCCGUAUAUAGGCAAUCCAGUAUGGACUUUCUCUAUGGGUCCAUCUCCGAAGAUCAGGAUGAGCACGACAAUAUCACGCGCUUGUCCAACCGUCUUCAGCGAACGUCAGAUUGCCUUGUCUCACCGACCACAUCCUAUCAUCCGUAUUCGCGGACGCGAAAUCACCUUUCCCAGCGCCGUUCAGCUUCACCGCCCCGUCCUGGUCACCUUCCGUCCCUCCUUAGUCCAUCUACACCCAGUACCUCGACCCUCACUACUCUUACUACCCUCUCUUCCUCAUGCUCACAUCAUAGGCGCUCCGGAUCUACUCUUUCGUCAAUGACCUCCAACGAGUCCUUGAGUAGUGUCGAUGCCAAAUUGUCAUAUCAUCAGCUGCUGCCUUCUUCCAUGGCUUCCGCCGCGGAUCCACGCGUCCAGCGUGUCCGUCGAUCAGAAUCAUUUUGUGGACCCUCAGCCUCAGCCAACGAUCAAGCUGUUUUCAUCCAGUCCGCAACGCCUUCGCCCGUACGACAGUCGAUUAAGCGUGCCCCGUCUUUCGGUGCUGCGGCGCAAGAACUUAAAGAGAGUAAUCGAGCGAGGGUCGCUAAUGACCUCGGUCUUCUUGGAAUGGAAACACCCACUGAUGCAGUCUCAUAUCCUUCUUCUGAUGAAGAGGAGAAGAAGAGGAGCAAACAUGUGAAGAAAGCGAGGACCAGGAAUAUUGUUACAGCAUCGCCACCCCUUUCACAGCCAUCUUCAUCUACCCCCACCCCCGAAGCUAAGGUCAAGGGCACGAAGAAGUGCAGAGAGCGAAAAGAUUCUGGCCAUGGCAAAACGGAUGGUGACCGGUCGUCUUCUAAUGCCAAUCUUGGCAUCGGAAGGCAGUCAACGUCACAGCGGCCAGCUCAGCGCAUGAGUCUCCAGCGAAAUCCCAGUAUUUUUGGCGCCGAGCUUCCUCAUCUCCAUAUUCCCCCUCCGGCCGAUCAUCAAAUGCAAAUCGAUUCUAUGUACAUGGGUCCCAGCACGGUGAAGAAGACUCCUACCCUUCGUCGGGUACGUCGAUUGGGCCUUGCGCCCUCGAGACGGAUAUCGUUUGGGAGUCUUGUUGUCCCCGAGGACAGUGUGGUGUCCCGUUUCGAUCAAGGGCAUGACGCAGAUGUCGAAGAAGAUGGCGAAAUUGGGCUGGGUAGUGCUUUUCAACUGAGAUGA